AUGUUAACAGCCCGGGGUAUUGGUCUCAUUGGCCGUAGUUCACUGGGCCGACUUCCGUUGGCAUCACGGGUUUUGGUUUUCCAGACUUUGCGCUACUCUUCGAAGACUCCAUUUCCACUUUCUAGCAAGGAGAUCGAGGAACAAAGACGAAUCGAGAAAUUGCCCAAGUGGCAGCAAUGGGGCCACUAUUUCAAGAGUGAAAAGUUCAAGAAGAGCAUGACGGUAUACUAUGUGGCCGGAUUCGGAGCCAUGUGUAUUGCCUUCUACUACUACAUGAGAGACAGAUACUACGAAGACAAGCAAAUUCUGCACGUAAGAAAGAAGUAUCAGGCUGACCCCAAGAGCUUAUCGGAGUACGAGUAUUUGAUGUUGAAGAGCAUAGGUCUGGACAAGUUACGGCCCAAAGAAGAGAAAAAGUAUCGGAUUUACCAGAUGAUGAGAAAAGAAUUUAGAAGAAAGCAUAUUAUGGAUAAGGAUAUUAUGUUUGAGCCUAGUCCAGAGGAAUUGGACGAAUGGUAUAGCAAACAGCCCCGAAUUUCCAUCAAGAAGGCUCCUGUUUUGGAUGAGCCUAUAGACGAAAAGUCUCUGGCAAACAAGUUCACCAACGCAGAGAAUCCUCACAUUGUUCCUGCUGAGGACACCACCGAUUUCUACGAAGCAAAGGCACAGGCUUACGAUGACGAAAUCAAGUGGGAAGAAAGAGGUAUGUUCUUGGGAAAAAGAAGAAGAUGGUUGAUGAAGCAGUUGAAGGGAGAUGUUCUUGAAGUAGCUUGUGGAACUGGAAGAAACAUACCUUAUUUGUAUACUGACAGGAUAUCUUCAAUCACCUUUAUUGACUCCGCCAGAAACAUGGUAGAAAUUGCUCGUAAGAAGUUCAAGGAAGCUUAUCCCAACUUCAAGAAGGCUGCAUUUGCUGUGGGAAAGGCUGAAGAUUUGGUAAAAUUGGCGGGUGAUGACUCCAAGGCUAUCAAGUACGACACCAUUGUAGAAGCGUUUGGCUUGUGUGCUCACGAGGAUCCAGUCAAAGCCUUGAAGAACAUGGCCAGUUUGUUGAAGCCAGGGGGUAGAAUCGUUUUGCUUGAGCAUGGAAGAAGUACCUGGCAAUUCGUCAAUAACCAUUUGGACUUCAGAAGCGAAAAGAGAAUGAAAACUUGGGCUUGUAGAUGGAACUUGGAGAUUGGCGAACUUGUAGAUGAAGCUGGUUUGGAUAUCACUUACGAGAAGAGAGUUCAUCUUGGCUCAACAUGGAUGUUGAUCUGCAAGAGACCCGAGGAUCCAAUCAACAGCGACGAGAAGCCGUUUAUCAACAAAUUGAUGGGAACUGAACCACAGUCAAUUAGUAGAGGUUAA